AUGCGGGCCGCUCUGCUCCAGUUCGGCAACCUGAUGGUGUUGGGCCCCGAGCGCGGCGCGCCGCUGAGCGGCGCGAUCCUCACGCCGCUGGACGCGGAGUCGCCGCCGCUGCCGGCCCAACAGCAGCAGCAGCAGCAGCCGCAGCCGCCCCCCGCCGCCCACUGGCGCUGGGCGAUCGAGUCUCUAGGCCUCGACCCCCGCCAGCGCGCACUCGCAGCGACCCUCCUGUCCAUGUGGCGCGCCCGCAUGGCCGCGCUCACGCGCGCCCGCGAGGCGCUGGCCGCGCGCUGCGCGGCGCUCGCGGCCGACGCGGCGGCGCACGAGGCCGCUCUGUCAGACCUUGGCUGCGUCCAGGCGUCCUACAUUCUGAAUAUCACGGUUUUUCUAUUGGCGCUUUAUGGGACCAUCCUCACUGCCCAGCAGCACGCGCGGCUGUCGGCGGCCGCGUGGCCGUGGGCGCCGUCGCUGCAGAGCAUCUGCAUCGGGUUCCAGGAGCUCGGGUGGCUUGAGCGGACGCCCGUCGCGGCGCCGGCGGCUGGGGCCGGGGCCGCCGUGCCCGCGCCCACGCCGGCACGCUGA